UUCGGAAGUUCUCGGAGUUUAUAUUAGGACAGCCUGAGGGCACAUUGACACGCUGUGUGUCAUUUUCUGUCAGAUUUACUAAUUUUAUCUUUGUACGAAGUGUACUUUGUCAAGACAGGUGAAGUCCAUUUACAAUGGCUGAUAGUCGGAGAGGAUUUCAUCCCGAUCCUGAACUCACUGAGAUACUUGGGAGACUAUGGGAACUGGACACAAACAAAUGCUAUGCUGGACAGGACUUUGAUAUUGAUCUACAGGGAUAUGUGACCAGUGGUAGAGAGCUUCAGAGAGACAGGGCUAAAUACACACUCUUUGCUUGGGUCGAUGAAGAAAAUGUGUUUGAAAGAAAGACCUAUAAAACAUUUAAAGCCCUACUGGACAACUAUGAACUUGAGUGUGGAAAGCAGGAAGUGGUCACAAAUGAAGAGAGAAAAGAGAAUCGAGACUUUAUAGAUGCUAUCAUGGAGACUGACGUAAUGCAGGAAGCUCAUCGUUAUCUUGUGGAGAGGGGAAAAGCUCCGCAGGACGAGAUCGAGUUCAAAAGACUGCUCUACAGGACCUGGUUCAGCCUUAUUCGCAGGACAAAGGGGGAUAGGGACUUUGACUCCAGCAGUUUUGAGCACGUAUUUGUGGGUGAGGGACGAGAAGAUGAAUUUAUUGGACUUCAUAAUUGGAUUCAGUUCUACCUGCAGGAAAAAGCAGGGAACAUUGACUACCACGGAUACUUUAGAAGGGAAACAGUCAAGGAUGACGAACAUUUCCGGUUGAUAGCUCUACAGUUUAACUGGCGGGGAGAGAAGGGGAAGCCAAUGUGUUCCUGUUUCCUGGGAACGAGUCCAGAGUUUGAGAUCGCAGCGUACACUGUCUGCUUCCUGAGCGGUAAACACGGACGUAACAUGGAUGUUCAGUUGGGCGAGUACGAGGUGGAAGUCAGCUGUCUACCACUGGGAAAACAUUGUAUAGGAACAGCUUAUAUUGCCGCGGCCAGGAUGAACUAGAUUAGGAACAGCUUAUAUUGCUGCCGCUAGAAUGAACUAGAUUAGGAAACAGCUUAUGUUGCAGCGACCAGAAUGAAUUAGAGUAUUACCUCACAAACGACAGCCUCUGGCCUUUAAUUAGAAGAAGACAUCCCUCCAAUAAAAAAAUAUUUAAUCCUCUACAGAAUGAAAAAACUUUCUGAUCAACUUCAAACUCUUGCCUUAAUGUUCAUUUUGACCUAGAACAUGUGUGUACUGUUUUGUAAUCGUAAAUGUUGUGAAAUACUCAAUGAUACAUAUCAGAAUGUAUAAAUAUUGAUGUUAAUUAAUGAUCUUGGUAUUAAUCUUUAAAUAGUAUUUCUUAAUAUUUUUGAUUUUAACAAAUGGUGCUCUUUGGAUUAUGCAAUAUUG